GGGCGGUCGGGGUUGAUGACGCAAGCGCAGGCCACAGCCAGUGGGCGAGCGGCUGUCCGUCCGCUCUACAGCAGCCGGUCGGGGGCGGUGGAAACGCGAGUGAGGAGAGCCCGACGCCGGCGGCGCGCAGCCUUCGCUGAGGUGCCAGGGAACGGCGAGGCCUGAGCCUCUUCGUCUGGGGUCAAAAUGGUUUCAAUCCCAGAAUACUAUGAAGGAAAGAAUGUUCUCCUGACAGGAGCUACUGGUUUUCUGGGAAAGGUGCUUCUGGAAAAGUUGCUGAGGUCUUGUCCUAAGGUGAAGUCAGUGUAUGUUUUGGUGAGGCAGAAAGCUGGACUGACACCCCAGGAGCGAGUGGAAGAAGUUCUUAGUGGCAAGCUCUUUGACAGAUUAAGAGAUGAAAAUCCAGAUUUUAGAGAGAAAAUUGUAGCAAUCAACAGUGAACUCACCCAGCCUAAACUGGCUCUUAGUGAAGAAGAUAAAGAAGUCAUCAUAGAUUCUACCAAUAUUAUAUUCCACUGUGCAGCUACAGUACGGUUUAAUGAAAAUUUAAGAGACGCUGUUCAGUUAAAUGUGAUUGCUACACGACAGCUUAUUCUCCUUGCACAACAAAUGAAGAAUCUGGAAGUGUUCAUGCAUGUCUCAACAGCAUAUGCCUACUGCAAUCGAAAGCAUAUUGAUGAAAUAGUCUAUCCACCCCCUGUAGAUCCCAAGAAGCUGAUUGAUUCUUUAGAAUGGAUGGAUGAUGGCCUAGUAAAUGAUAUCACACCAAAAUUAAUAGGAGACAGACCUAAUACAUACAUAUACACAAAAGCUUUGGCAGAAUAUGUUGUACAGCAAGAAGGAGCAAAGCUAAAUGUGGCGAUUAUAAGGCCGUCAAUUGUUGGUGCCAGUUGGAAAGAACCUUUUCCUGGAUGGAUUGAUAACUUCAAUGGACCAAGUGGUCUCUUUAUUGCGGCAGGGAAAGGAAUUCUUCGAACAAUGCGUGCCUCCAACAACGCCCUUGCAGAUCUCGUUCCUGUAGAUGUAGUUGUCAACACAAGUCUUGCGGCAGCCUGGUAUUCUGGAGUUAAUAGACCAAGAAACAUCAUGGUGUAUAAUUGUACAACAGGCAGCACUAAUCCUUUCCACUGGGGUGAAGUUGAAUACCAUGUAAUUUCCACUUUCAAGAGGAAUCCUCUCGAACAGGCCUUCAGACGGCCCAAUGUAAAUCUAACCUCCAAUCACCUUUUAUAUCAUUACUGGAUUGCUGUAAGCCAUAAGGCCCCAGCAUUCCUGUAUGAUACCUACCUCAGGAUGACUGGAAGAAGCCCAAGGAUGAUGAGAACAAUAACACGUCUUCACAAAGCUAUGGUGUUUCUUGAAUAUUUCACAAGUAAUUCUUGGGUUUGGAAUACUGAUAAUGUCAAUAUGUUAAUGAAUCAACUAAACCCUGAAGAUAAAAAGACCUUCAAUAUUGAUGUACGACAAUUACAUUGGGCAGAAUAUAUAGAAAACUACUGCAUGGGAACUAAGAAAUAUGUUUUGAAUGAAGAAAUGUCUGGUCUCCCUGCAGCUAGAAAACAUUUGAACAAGUUGCGGAACAUACGUUACGGUUUCAAUACUAUCCUUGUGAUCCUGAUCUGGCGCAUUUUUAUUGCAAGGUCACAAAUGGCAAGAAACAUCUGGUACUUUGUGGUCAGUCUGUGUUACAAGUUUCUGUCAUACUUCAGAGCAUCCAGCACUAUGAGAUACUGAAGACCCAGAAUUUCGCGUUAGAACAUCUAUGCAUUUGGUGGUCUAAAUGCACAAAAUGUAAAAUGUACUUAAGUCAUCUCACCUUUUGUCAAGACAUUAAACCAUCUUAGAUCUAUGUGUAGAGUAAAACAUGGUACAUUUUAUGUAACAUUUUAAUGUUUAUGCUCAUAAAACCUAAUGAGCACAAUGUUGUAUGCCAGCUCAAAUCUGUCUACAAGAGCCACCAAUACUAUGAUUUAACAUUUUGAUCCAUGGAAAGAAAAGGAUAGGAUAAAGGCAAGAAUAGGGAAAUAGGAACAUUGACCAGUAUAACUGUGCAAUUCUGGAACAUAAUAAUUCAAAAUGCCUUAACAUAUACUUCUAAUAUUCAGUGCAGUGGAAAGAAUUUAUUUGGACAGAAUGCUAGCUAAGUUGGUAGAUACUUGAUCCUUAAAUGUUUGAUUUUUUUCAUCAGUUGUAGUGGGUUUUAGUUUUAUUAAAACUAUAGCCAAACUAUUUUUACUUCCUUCUGUAAGUUAUUUGGGGUAUCAAACAUGAAAAAUAUGUUCUCACUUUUCUUUUUCUGAUUAAAUGCCUGGUACAUAUCAUAUUUCUGUAAGUAUAAUCUGUUGCUUUUAUAAUCAGAAGGCUAUAUAUUAAAGACCCUAUUGGAUCUAAAUGGGUUUGAAAAUCUAUAUCAAUAAAACUAUGUUAGCAUCAAAAAGAGUAGGAAUAAACUUUCUUGUCCAAAUUUUGAUCAAAUAAAAAUCCUGUGACAUUCUGUUCAUGUUUUGAAAUGAGGAUUUCUUGAGACUUUUGUGCUGUCUUCCCUUUAUAAAUAUUGUUUUAGGACUUUAAAAAGGCUCGUACUAUCUUUCAGAUGAAAUCUGAAAUCAGAUGAAAUCUGAAAGUGCAUUAUUAUGGAAGAAUGUAUUUCCAGCUAGUAAUAACAUCAAGAAAAUAUCCUUGUGUGUAAACACAUACUAAUUUUGACACUGAAAGUUGAAUUCCUUCAAGAAAAAUAUGCAUAAUGUGUAUAAAAUUAAAUAAAGGACUUUAUUUACAUACCAUGUGAAGAAGCAAACUGUUGAAUGAGUUUGAAGAUAUCACUUAUUUUUUCUGCAUGUGGUUUUAGCUUUAGAAAGAAAUGCAUUAUAGAAACAAGUUAUAGCAAGAGAAUUGCAUAUUUUAAUGAUACAUUAUAAUUCCCUUUAAAACUCAAUAAAUAGUAGUUUACUAUUUUAACAUACGUUUGGUUUAACAGAUCAUUCAGCAUACCACUGUUCUAAUGGAGUUGUACUAUAUUUAAAUCAUUAGCAGUGUAUCAUGAAUAUGUUAAAAGAGGUCAAUUCACAAUAUAAAAAGUUACAUACAACUUUUCAUUCUAAUUUUCUUUGUCAGUAAAAAUGCCAUGUAUAAGAAGUUUAUUUUGCUGUUUUGGAAAAACUAAAUGUAAAGGAAAUCACCUUAUAUGCAGGUGUAUAAUCUUGAAAAGGAAAAAUGCUUCCAUGUUGAAGCUAGAUUUUCUAUCGUAAAACUUUUAAACAUUAUUUUAAAAGAAGUAUUUAUGUAAAUACCUAUAUAUUCUUUGGAAUGAUACUAAAAAUAGUCUCUGGUUUAGGACCAUACCUUGUAUGAGGUGUGAGAGACCUUGAGAGUGUGUGAAAGUGGGAUUAAUGAUGAAGGCUUUGAUUUAAGUGGCCUGUGUAAUGUGCAUUGAGCACCCCAUCUCCAAAUACAUUUCCAUAGUGUGCUGAAAUUUGUAUGAUUUUAUACUCCUGCCAAAUAACUAGAGUCAGAUCAACUUGUGUUUUACAAAAGAAUAGGGGCACAACUUAUGCAGGCCUGUGAAGUACAUAGAGUUUGUUUUCUGAACUGUUCUGUUGUCCUUAGAAUUUAAAGAAAUAUUAACUAGUGGGGUACUGAGGCCACUGCAUUAAUUUUUUGUGUUUGAAAUUCUGUUGUGAAAGAAAGAUAAAGAAUAAAUUAAGUCCUAAAAUUAAUAUAAUAAGUAUAUAGAUUGACAAUUGAUGCCAUCUAGAUUUUGGAUUUAAGUCAAAUUUAAAAAUUUUGGAAAUCCACUGUGUUUGUGUCAUUUGCUGGACAAUGUUUAUAGUUCUGUUUUCUUCACAAACUCAUUUAACUGGACCGCCUAUAAAAUAAAUUUAUUUCAUUUAAUUCAUUUAAUAAAACUGUAUUCUAAAA